AUGGGCAGUAGUUUGGGUCUUCGGGUGCCUCUGUGGUCUCGCAUAAGUGAGACUGUCACGAAAUCUACGCCAAAAGGGAACCGAUGCAACCUGAUCGUCAGUCCUGAGUUGGGUCGAUUUGUCCAAGUCGUGCUUCUCAGUCGCUCCCUCUACUUAACGCCUACGGAGGUAUGGAUUGUCCUUUCCGUUGGGGCCGAAUGCCAGUCGAGCAAGGAGGAGGUGAAGGAGGUCCUGCAGGCCCUGGAAGAACUUGCAAUGAACUACGACCAGCGCGCUCAGGAGCUGGAGGUUCGUGAUCGCGAGCUCGAGGAGGUGCAGGAGCAGAUGUCCAAAAAGCUCACCCUGAUGAACAACAAGGAGAGCGAACUGCAACAGGCUCGGGAUUCUCUCAACAACGAACGCAAGAAGUACACCGACGUGGUCACCUCCCUCCUACGUGACAUUGUCGAUGUU